AUGGGUAUUUCUAGAGAUUCACGUCACAAGAGAUCUGCUACCGGUGCUAAAAGAGCCCAAUUCAGAAAGAAGAGAAAGUUUGAAUUAGGUAGACAAUCUGCUAACACCAAAAUUGGUGCUAAAAGAAUUCAUUCUGUUAGAACCAGAGGUGGUAACCAAAAAUUCAGAGCUUUAAGAGUUGAAACCGGUAACUUUUCUUGGGCUUCUGAAGGUAUUUCAAGAAAAACCAGAAUUUCUGGUGUUGUUUACCAUCCAUCUAAUAAUGAAUUAGUUAGAACUAACACUUUAACCAAAUCUGCUGUUGUUCAAAUUGAUGCUACUCCAUUCAGACAAUGGUAUGAAAACCAUUAUGGUUCAACUUUAGGUAAAAAGAGAAACGCUCCUACUGAAGUUGUUGAAGAAGUUAAAAAAUCUAACUCUGUUCAAAAAAGAUUAGCUUCAAGAGCUGCUCAAGCUACUGUUGAACAUGCUGUUGAUGCUCAAUUCGGUUCUGGUAAAUUAUACGCUGUCAUUUCUUCAAGACCAGGUCAAUCUGGUAGAUGUGAUGGUUACAUCUUAGAAGGUGAAGAAUUAGCUUUCUACUUAAGAAGAUUAACUGCUAAGAAAUAA